AUGGUCAAGAAUAAUUUCCCUGGUCUGAAUAUAAGCAAAAUCGGAGCAAAUCUCAUCCUCAUCUCACCUCAAUCUCAUGCUAAACCAUUUUUCGACCGAUCCGAUGAUGCUUCAGGCGUUUGCCCUAUCGGUGAAAAGGCGUAUGUGGAGCCGAUCACAUCGACACCCAGACAAUGUGCAAUGGCAGCCGACAGAAAGUGCCCUGCAGGCUAUUUGUGUCGAUUCUCGCAGAACAAUCACAAAUACUACUGCUGCGGAAGCAUCAGUGGAAGUUUGUGUCCUGCUGGUCGAGCACUCUUUCGCUAUCCAACGACACAGCUGCCACUACAGUGUCACAUUACUUUUGGUGGAGGAGGAUGUCCGCCAUCGUACUCCUGCCAGAGUGACGUUCCCAACGCUUUCCAAGGAUACUGCUGCAGUCAUCAUGGUGAGUCCCGGGGUGAUAGCAGUUUCGAGGUUGCACUAUUGACCGUCUGGUCUGUUUUAGCGAUUUGUCCUGGUGGAGUGAGCUAUCAUCUCGACGAAAAGUCCCAAAUGCCGACCACCUGCUCCAGUGAAGGUUUCGCGUUCUGUCCGCAG